AUGGCGGAUUUACCACCACAUAUUCCAGACUAUGCCACCAUAAACUCUACCAUCACAGAAAAAUUCCUAUCGUCACUACCGCCUCUCCCACCAUCUCCGCCCAGGCCUCGGCCUACCGAACCUCGUCGCAGAGCACCAUCUCCACCAGCACCACCAAUCUACGUCACAGGCUACAGCUGCAUCGCCAGUGACCCCGAGUACGAAUACGCGCGACACAUAACAGGUGAUACCCAGCCGUAUUGGUUCGAGGAAUCGUACGGCCCCGCAGACUUCAACGACGGUGUGAGAAGGAGGGCAAGGAAGUACAUGACGCUUCUAGAAAACGAAGUCGCAAUCAUAGAUCUUGGCGACAUUGGCAAUGAGAUGGAUAGGGUGACAGCUAGAGAUCAGAGGGAAAGAGCCAGGGAGAGAGCGUUACUUGGACCGGAGCCGGUGUGGGAACUUGAGGAGGACAAGGUGAGCAUUAAUGCUGCGAUUCAUGGAUCGACUGGCUUGUUGCAGGAUACGAAAAGAUUGGUUAGAGAGAAGGAAAAAUUGAAGGAAGGGAAGAAGAUGCGUGAGGAAGAGAAAGAGAAACUGAAGGCUGGGGGGAUAGAGGAAAUGCAAAAGAACAAGGACGAGAGUCGUGCUUCACGGAUACCGAUCCGCGACCAUGCACUUAGCCUGUUAGACUUUACGAAAAAGGCCAAGACAAAGGGAAAGUCCAAGGCUGAGAUCUCUGAGUCACAAUCUGAGGUUACUGAGUCACAGUCUGAAGUCGUUCAGAUACAGCACGGUGUCAUCGAACCACAACCUGAGGCAGCUAAAGAAAGCGAGAAAGAGUACCAUCCUCUAACCGUCGAGAAACUCCCGAAACUCCCCUCACCACCAACGGACGACCCAGCUCCCAUACCAACACUAAGAACUCUCGAGGAAUUGCUAGAGUUGCCCGCAACACCGAGACACGACCCAGCUGCCACACCCUCACCAACAACGACCCCCACAACCACAGAUACUGACUCCCAGAGCGGAAGCACCCCACUUACGUCGAGACCGCGUUUGUCUUCCGCAGCGCAAGUCCAAGCCGAAGUCCAAUCUCUUCCAAACCCAAACAAUACCGUAUGA